CGCGAGACAGCGAAGACGCUCUCGACUAGAAACGCACUUGAUAGCGCCCAGUCAUGCUGUCGCAGGGCGCGCUCGCAGGUCCUGUGUACGAAUUCGCCGUCAGACUUCCCUUGUCGGGUUUGUUCACUGCUUAAGCGUGCGCUCACCAUCCCUCUAGCCCCGUAGCACCCUACGGCCUAUCACAAUCACGAGCCGCACUGCAGCCUAGUCGCGGCUGCUCCCGACUCUCAUCAGCAACGUAUAAGGCACGUACGCAUUGUUCGCCGCAUACAAUGGCUCCAUUGUCCGUCGCAGUCCAGCCAGUGCUUGAGGAGGGCAUCCCGGGCGGGCACCACUGCUACACGGGUAUCGUAGACACGGAGUGGGGAUACGAGAACUUCCCUCACGGAGGUUACAUAAUCGCACUCAUAUGCACAGCAGCCACCAAGGCGCGGCAGCAUACAGACCGGCUGGAUAUCAUACACGCGUCGACUCACUUCAUCUCGGCCACAAAGGGGGGUCCUUACAAGAUCUAUGUCGAAACUAUCCGCGAAGGGAAGAGCUUUCACAAUGUAUCUGCAAAGUUCUGUCAAGACGGUGCGCCCAAGGUCGUAACGCACCUCAUCUUUGGCGUCUUACCCCUUCAUCCUCUCUUCGGAGGCAAGGCGGACCCACAAACCCUGGCGAUCCCGGAUCCGCUCGCCCGACGCAUCCCGCUGUCCGUCCACCCGGGCGAGCUCUCGGAGGAUCGCGAGAUCUCCCAGGCGCAGUUCAAAAACCGUAUGCGCUGGGCAUUCGAUCCCGCCCCUUUGGAAUACAACCGCGAGCGCUACCUGGAGGGCGAAUCUGCGGAGCCGGACAAGGAGUCACCUGGCGGGGGCGAGGUCCGCUGGGGAUGCUGGUUCGACUUCGUGGACGAAGACCAGAAGCUCGACCUGCCCGCCAUCUGCUUCCUGUCCGACCUCUUCGUGCGGGUCCCGGACCUCCUUCCCGCGGCGAAGCAGGAUGGGACAUGGUCAAUGUACUCCUACACAACACUCGUGCUCAACGUGGAGUUCAAGUGCAAGUUCCCGUACGAGAACCCCCCGAAGGUGUAUGCGCCGCGGUCCGUGGGUCUCUACUCGACGAGCCGGUUCAUGCACGGCGGUUUGUUCGACGACCGCGUCGAAGUCUGGACUGCGCCGGCCGCCAUUGCCGAGGAAGACAACAUGGACAGGAAUUGGAGGGAAGAGCAAGUCUGUUUGGUAGCUGCGAACCAGAUCAGUGUCGCGCACCCUCUUGGUCUGAAAGGGAAAGGGAGCCGCAAGUCGCAGAAGCCGGUUCAUAAGCUGUGACGACAGAGUGGAUAUGUAGGUAGUUUAAUGUAUCACCACAACUUGUAUUCUGCUCGGCUUCUGGCAUCGCAAGCUCGGAGCAUUGAACCACAAUGACGUCAACCUUGAGUCAGACUCCAUUGCUUCCAUACACAUCAGGGAACUCACAUCAAGGCAGCCCUGCUAGGCGUCUCAUUCAGAGUACUAGUAGCACUGUUUGGUACUCAUGAUUCCGGCUGUCGACGUGAUGUCAAAGUUGCCGCGGUGCGCAAAGUUUGAUCACACCGCGGGCAAACCAG